AUGAAUACGACUUUCUUCACCAAGGCCGUGGCGCCCGCCCGUGCCAUCUCCCGCCGCCAGUUGGGCAGACAGACCAAGCUCCGAGACUGCGGGCGGAGCAGCGCAAAGCUUCACACGGCCAGCUUUUCCAUCAGAGCUUCAAAGCGGCCUGGCCCCUGCCCGGCGUUGAGUCCGAAAACCCCCUCUUUCAAGCGAACCUUCCAUACCACCAACGUCCUCAGUCAGAAAGACCCGUACCAAGCCCUAGGUGUCAGCAAGAGUGCCUCAGCCGCCGAAAUCAAGAAGGCAUACUAUGGCUUGGCGAAGAAGUACCAUCCGGACACGAACAAGGACCCAUCUGCGAAGGAGAAGUUUGGCGACAUCCAGUCCGCAUACGAGAUUCUGUCCGACCCCAAGAAGAAGGAGCAGUACGAUACCUUUGGCGCUGCCGGCUUCGAUCCAAGCGGAGCCGGUGCACCAGGUGGUGAUCCCUUCGGCGGAGCUGGAGGCCCCUUCUCCGGUUUCGGCGGUGCUCAGGGUGGUUUCGGAGGAGGCUUCAACUUCGACGAUAUCUUCUCAGCCUUCACCGGCCAACAAAGCGGACCCUUCGGAGGGCGACGGGGAGGCCGUUCGGGUCCCUUCCAGCAGGAAAUUCUGGUCGGUGACAAUGUGGAGGUUCAAGCAAGCAUUACCUUCAUGGAGGCUGCUAAGGGAACGAGCAAGACUAUCAACCUGACGCCUCAGGUUCCUUGCGGUACUUGCGACGGAAGCGGCCUAAAGGCUGGAACCCAGCGAUCUCCUUGCAAGUCCUGUAACGGUACUGGUACCCGGGUGCACUUCAUGCAAGGCGGGUUCCAAAUGGCAUCAACCUGUGGAACUUGCGAGGGAACAGGCACAACCAUUCCUAGAGGCUCGGAGUGCCGGAGUUGCUCGGGCCAUGGAGUAGUCCGAGAACGCAAAACAAUCACCGUUGACAUCCCCGCCGGUAUCGAAGACGGGAUGCGGCUGCGUGUUGACGGAGCAGGUGAUGCUCCCGUAACAGGAAAAACCGCUGAUCCUCACGUAAGGACCCAGCGGGGAGACUUGUACGUCUUCGUCCGAGUUGCCAAAGACCCCAAGUUCCGAAGAGAGGGAUCCAACAUCCUCUACACGGCCACCAUUCCCCUUACCACGGCUCUUCUGGGUGGUCAAGUGGCCGUGCCAACUCUUGACGGAGAAGUCAACGUCAAGGUUGCAACGGGAACCAACACUGGAGACAAGAUGACCCUUGCCGGGAUGGGCAUGAAGCGGCUCGGUGCUCGCAGGGGAGGCUCUGGUGACCUAAGGGUCGAGUUCAAGGUGAACAUGCCAAAAUACCUGAGCGCGAACCAACGAACGAUAGUGGAGAUGCUAGCGGACGAGAUGGGUGACAAGACGGCCAAGCGUGUCAUGAACGUCUCAUCUUCGAGCAACUCGACUUCGGCAGAUGCUCACAAGGACGAGGGUUUCCUCAAAUCCAUGUGGCACAAUUUCACCAACCAUCCAGCACACCAGCAUAAUGCAGAGGAAGGACAGGGAUCCAGCACUAACUCUGAUGACAAGGCAAAGAAGACUGAUGACAGCAAUGACAGCAAGAAGCCGGGUUCCAGCUAA